UGGGGUCGAUAUCCACGGCCUACGGCAGCCGGUCAAAUUAGCGGCCAUGAGAGUGUCGAACACAUCAUUCAACUUGGUGCUGGGCUAGACGACAGGGUCGGCCUAAAAUUCAUCCACAACAUUUGUCGAACCUGCGCUGCUUGCCUGGCAGGCACCGAAAGCAGUUGCUUAAAAAUGCGAAUCAGCGGAUACUACACUGCUGGAACAUUUCAAAAAUAUUGCCUCGCACCAGCCGAGUAUUUAAUAUCAAUUCCAAGCAAUAUCCCCCCUCACCUAGCUGUGCCUUAGCUCUGCGCAUGGCUCUCCGCAUAUAGCUCUCUGAAGAAGACACGUACUUUUCGGGGGAACUGGAUAAUGGCCUCAUAUGGCUGUGGUGGGGUUGGCCAUUUGGCAUGUCAAAAUGCUUCGAGAUCAUUCGGAUUACGCGCUUUCGGCAUCAAUGUUAAGAGAAAGGAGAGUCUUGUCCGUGACAGCGGUGCCAAGAAAUAUCUAGCUCUAGGGGACUACGACGGCACACACAUCGACGGCGACAUAUCCGCAACAAGCCAAGCCGCGAAGAACAUAAUGAGG